AUGCUACCACCGUUUCCUAUGUCGCUUUUAUAUGUACUUCCAAAUAUGGCAAGUAAAAUUCAAAGUGGAGUUGGAAAAAAGACGAUCGCGAGGUAUCAUUUGCGCUCGCGCAAGGUGCGAUAUAAGCGCGUGGAGGGAGCCGCGCCGCUGCAGUGCCGCUCCCACUGGCUCCGACACAACAUGGGGAGAAAGGUAUUAUUAAUAGUUUCGUGCUGGCUGACGUUAAGUCAGUCAUUUGGUGAUAAAAGAAGCUACAGUUUAUAUGUUGGAGAUAAUGAAAGUGCAGAAAGUGCUCCGCGUCUCUACCGCAACGUUCCGCUAGGAGUGUACGCUAGUGCUGCCCCUUAUCCCGCUCACACGUUUCAUCUGCCGAACUUUAUCGCGGCGCCUAAGGCCGCGGCCUCGCAUGUUAUGCCAGUGAAUGAACAUUAUGUGAACCACUUGACAGAUUCCUAUGGAAACCAAUUUGUUGGGACACCGCUGUCAUCGACAUAUAAAUUGGCAUUACCGCAACAGUUUGUACAACUUCAAUCAAAGUUACCAGAGCAUUUAGCUCAACCGUUAGUCGCCGGUUCAGCUAACUUCCAAUUCAAGCAGUCAAAUGGUCAGUUUUUUGGUGCCCCUUACCGAGUCCCCGUACAACAAGGACAUGCUCCCACACCGCUACACCACUUUCCAACUUUCGGACAACUUUAUGGGAACAACAUAAAACAUUUGGCGCCUAAUACGGUCAUUCACAGUCAAGCGCAAGGAAUCCAGAAUACCCAUCAACAACCAACUAACAAUAAAGUGGUGUACACAGAUACACAAUCCCACGAACGCUAUAACCAUUAUAAAGAGGAACCGAAGGUUUUGCAACAAAAGGAGCCCCAGAUAAUCGUUGGUAAACCAAAAGUGCAAGGAAUUCAGGAAGUAUCUAAUGAACCUUAUGGUAAUGUUAUAUACGAAAAAACCCAAGCUGGUUCCUAUUCAACUCACAAAAAUCCGAAAAAGGAAGCUCAUGCAAAAAAUGCAGAUGCAAAAUACCAAAGAUUAAAAGAAUCAUCAAGCUCCGAUCAUCAAGCACCUAAUCAUAGCCACGAGCAAGUAAAUUCUGAAUUUAUUCAAGGGCUACCACAUUAUGAAACUAAGUAUCAAAUUAUACAGGAUCAACCUCAUUCGUCCCAGUUUCAAAGAAUAAAAGAACACCAGCCGCUACAUGGAGAAGUAAAAUUCCAAAGAAUACAAGAUGCCUCCUCGAAUGCUCAUAAUCAACAUAAUGACCGUGUUCAAAAUAAACCAGAGGCUCAAAGUAACAAAGCCAAACUGCAAGCAGCACCUGCUAAACAAGUUAUUACGUAUAUCAACGACAUAAACGGUGAGAAAACUAUAGUUGAGUUGGAGACUACACCUAGUCUUCCCCUGUUAGAUUUAACCCUGCUCGAGCCUUUGACAUUCGACAAUCCCCUUGUACCUCAAGUACAGCAUUUCUUACCGCGCAUAAAUCAAGCUACAUACCAGAAAUUGCCCGAAAUCAAUAAACCCAUGGUUAAAAACUAUCAGAAAGAGUUUGUUAUACAGAAAACAUCGUCUUAUGAUAGCUCAGAAGAACAAGAAAAACCACAAAAGGACGCAUCAAGAAAAAAACAUAAGAAGCCUACGCAACCGACUAAACAUGCUAAAAAGAAUGAAGUGCCUAGAAAAACAACGGUAACUUACCAUGAACAUCUCGAGGAUGUACCAGAGGUUAUACAUGAAAUAAAUUCUCCAAACUAUAAAGAAAUAGUCAAAGAAAAAUCUGUAAGUUAUAACAUGAAGACACAUUCAGAACCGGUUCAUCACACUUAUGGAUCUAAAAUUGAAAAUGAGCCUGUAACUUAUAGCUAUUCACGUACAUCAAAAGAGCCGGUACAGAGUGUCCAAUAUAGUGGUAAUGGGCCUUCACAUCUUGCUUAUGAUUUUAAGUCUAAAGAACACGCGCAUGAAGAGACACCAGCCACCACACCACCACAUCGCACCACAGCACACGACAGUAAGGCUAGAGACGACGAAGAUUCACACGAAUCUGCUGAAGAUACUCCCUCUAAUAAUAAACAUCACGGCUACACAAAGCAGUAUGAGAAACAUUCAGAAUCGUCUGAAGAGCACCAUGAACCUGUUCACAAUGAAAAGGAAAACUAUCAUAAACAAAAUGAACAACAACAUGACCCUCCCUCAAAACAUAGCAGCGAACCAUUUCAAAUAAUUUCUGAAGACAUUAAUUUUCAGCCAAUUUUAAGAGAAUAUGAAGAAAACAUUCGUUCGUUGGCACCUAGUGCUUCAAUUAAAGUAGACCCUCAUCAACAUGUGCAACCUAAGUCUACACCUCAACCGGUUGAAAAUCACUACGAAGAACCGUUACGUCAUCACCAUCCCCACUCAUCGCCAUCUCCGCCAGAACAUGCUCAUUCUUCCCAUAACUAUCAGGAAACCCAGCAUCACGCUCCUCCUUCAGACUACUACGAGUAUAAUGGACCUACAUCGCACAUUCACGAAAAGUCCAAGCGUGUGAUAAUUCAAGAAAAAGCCCCCAAUGAAAUGCAUAUGUUGAGAGAACAAAUGCGGCAGGAAGUCGUCGAUCGAGAAGAAAAUUCCGAAGAUAAUUUUGAAAAGGCAUACGAAGAGGCUGCCCUUGGAUUCCCUGCUUAUAAUAAAAAAACUUCAGAUUCUGAAAAAGAUAUAUUUGACCCAGAGAGUUACGGGGUACCCCGCGACCACGUUGAAUACGACUUCGAGCAUACUCCACUCCAACAGUAUCAGGCAGAAGGUGAUGAAUUCCCGACAGAAGCCCGUGCCCUGUACAAAGACGCGAGAGACAAAAUGAAGCAGAAUUACUACACAGAUUUUUCGGUUAGUAAGCCAGAAGGUAUGUUAGAUCGUUACCAAAACAAAUUGAACUAUUAUAAGUUGUUCAAAGAACAAAAACCAGAUUAUGUAGUUGAUUACGAACAAGCUGACAAAAAACAAAAACACAAAUCUGCUAAAUACAUAGCUGCUCCCUCGUAUGACUUCCAGCCGUCACAGGAUAAAAGUGAGUCAUACUACGGACAACCCAAGCAAACGCAACAACUACACGAAUAUAACUACUCACAAAAAACACCUGGCGAUAAUUCAGCGUUUGCGUCACGACCUUACCAAAAUUACAAGAGCAGAACGAGCUUUGUUGAACCCCAAUUCCAAUAUGGCUUCGAACCUUUAUUAUUACCCAAGCUCCUCGACAGUGAGUUAGCCGCAAUGGCCAGCAACGACAGUCCUGAGAGUAAAGAUCCUGGCACGGUAAAGAAAAUGUAUAAAGAAAACUGGUAUAUCAAUACCAGAACAACCGCUGGAGCGCCAGCUAGCUGA